AUGAGUAUGGAAGAUUAUGAUUUCCUGUUUAAGAUUGUUUUAAUCGGCAACGCUGGUGUGGGGAAGACGUGCCUAGUCCGACGGUUCACUCAGGGUCUUUUCCCCCCAGGACAAGGAGCCACAAUUGGAGUUGAUUUUAUGAUUAAGACAGUGGAGAUUAAUGGUGAAAAAGUAAAGCUUCAGAUCUGGGACACAGCAGGUCAAGAGAGAUUUCGGUCCAUCACCCAGAGUUAUUACAGAAGCGCCAAUGCCUUGAUCCUUACCUAUGACAUCACCUGUGAGGAAUCCUUCCGUUGCCUGCCUGAGUGGCUGCGGGAGAUAGAACAGUAUGCUAGCAACAAGGUCAUCACUGUGCUAGUGGGCAACAAGAUUGAUCUGGCUGAAAGGAGAGAGGUCUCCCAGCAGAGAGCCGAAGAAUUCUCAGAAGCUCAGGACAUGUAUUAUCUGGAGACCUCAGCAAAGGAAUCCGAUAACGUGGAGAAACUCUUCCUUGACUUGGCUUGCCGCCUCAUCAGUGAAGCCAGGCAGAACACCCUGGUGAACAAUGUAUCCUCACCUUUACCUGGAGAAGGGAAAAGUAUCAGCUAUUUGACUUGUUGUAAUUUCAACUAA